UAAUUUCUCUCAUAUUCUUUUUAGUUUAUUCAUAGUAAUUAAUAAGAUCAAUGGCGACGACAGUUGGAGGUAGACGACGUCUGGAUAGGCAGAACUCGAGCUUGAUGUUUAGACAGAUUACGCCACCUCAUGGAUGGAAGGAGGAUUCCGAUUUUCAUUACUUGCGCUUAACUCUUCCUGGAUUUGAAGCUAAGGAUAUCACGAUACACAUGAACAAAUAUGGGCAUCUGGUGGUCCGUGGAGACAAGCAGGUAACCGAGCACAAGUACAUAACCUUCGAGGAGACAUUUGAAGUUCCAAAGGACGCAGAUCUUGAGGAGGCCAGUGGGAUGUUCGAAGAUAACCAGAUUUACUGCAUAACUAUACCUAAGAAACAACAAGUACUAACAAACGUCGACCACGCAAUAACUAUAGCUAACGAGGACAAUAAUACUAAGCCACGGGAUAAUAAAGAUGUUUCAUUUCAUAAGUACGAGAGCACCAAAAAACCAGACGGAUUAUUACCACAGCAGCAUGGCCGGAUUAGUGCAAGUAAUUCAUUGAAAAUUGUUACAGGAAACAAGUCGAAGCAGAAAUUAUAUUUUGUUUUUUCUGUAGCAACCGCGAUUAUUUUACUCGUCCUCGCUGUCGUUUUAAUAGUUAAAUUGCGUCGUCAUGGUUGAUAUUGCAUGUAACAUAUUGUGCGUAUGUCUGUGCAUGUAGAAGAGACAUAAAUCUGUCAUUAAUGAAUUGAAUGAUUUGUAAGUUUAUUUUUAUUUCUCCACACUAAUAUAG